AUGAUGAUCAACUCGUCAGGAAUCUCUCGGAAACGAGCGUUCGGAUCUGAUAAGGAAAACGUAUGGCCGACAAUGUUAGGUAUAGAAGCUAAUGAAAAUGGAUUAGUCAUAAAACAGCCACGUUUAGCGCUUGGUGCAGCAGCUGUUGAUCACAAUAUCUUUAAUUCAAUUCCAUAUUCACCUCCAGACAAUUUUUUCCUCACAUCAGUAGAUCCUUGGUCACCAAUCAAAUCCGAACCAAUUCCACUCCUUUGUACACCCGAUCAUCGUACAGCUAAUCGGCCAGAAACUCGAUUCAAAAAUGGUGCGUCUCGGCAAAUACUGAAAUGGACUCGAUCGAUAGGCGAAUAUGGCGAUGGUAACAAUGCAUUUCGCGAACCUAAUAGUGUUGCAUGGCUUGAAUCGGGCAAAAUUGCUGUUGUCGACACCAACGCCCAUUGUAUAAAGAUCUUCGAUAGUGAAUCUGGCCAAUUUCUCUAUUCAUUUGGACGUGGACGAACACUAGGCAGUCAAAAUUUACUCUAUCCAUACCGUUUAGCGGUUGUACCGAAUGGUAAUGAUCAAUUGGUUGUUAUUCAACGCCAUCCGCGACCACAAAUUCAUGUCUUCAGUUGCCAAGGAGAAUUUAUUCGUCGAUUUGGUCAACAUCUAGAAAAGCCACGAGCAUUGACUGUAGAUAAAUCUCAACGAAUAUUAGUCAUUGAAUCUCAAAUCCAGAAAUUACACAUUUUCUCGCUCUAUGGACAGAUUCUUUGCGUAUUUUCAUUCAGUCAACAACUCCAAUUCCCGACAUCGAUCUGUUCGAAUAAUUCUGAAAUCUUUAUCUCUGACAAUCACCUUCAUUCGAUCAAAGUGUUCUCCUAUACUGGCCAAUUACUUCGUGAAAUAAAAGAUGACAUUUACAUACAGUUUCCAACAAAUAUCAAACUAAAUUCCAGAGGACAACUGAUCAUUAUUGAUAACCAUCAAGGUUUGAAUAUCACCGUUUACGAUGAAAAUCAACAGAAGAAACGCUUAGGUGCCUACACGGCUCGCAUCUGUCAUUCACAAAUUCUCGAUGUGGCAAUCCAAACGAAUACGAACAUUCUUCAUUUAGCUUCGAAAGAUUAUCGAGUUUAUACUUAUCAAUUAUUAUUUUGA